AUGUCCUUUUCGUCUCGUCGUCGAAACUACUUAUUGACUCCUCACAGGAGAGAUGGCUUGAUUGAAUGGAUGAAGAAGAUGUUGUCGCACAGCUUUGUGCUCGAUUGUCUGGGGACAACCGGAGCAGACACCUUUUCCCAUUUUGAAUUGCUGAUUGAAGAACAUCGCAAAUGGGAGGCAACCAGCAAGGAUAGAGCUCCCUCCCGUCUCAAGCAAUUGGUGCCGACCAUUGGAACCUUUCACACCAAUCUGCCACUGCGAGAAGCCUUUUUGUUCUACAACAAGAAGCACGGACUCACCAAUCGCAAACACAUUCAAAUUUCCUUUAACGAAAUUCGACACAUUCUCAACUAUGCCCAAAUCAUGGCCUUGCGAGAUACCGUGAUUGUGGCAAAGAAUAAUAAUGGUGACAACCCGGAGGAUUCCGCCAGUGAUGUCAAUGCCAGUGAUGACAACAACGACGACAAUAAAGCUUUUAAUGGACCCAAUCUUAUCACCUUUGAUGGAGACCAAACGCUCUACUCGGAUGGAUCCAACUUUGAUCACAAUCCUGAAUUGGCCAAUUAUCUGUACAAACUCAUCAAACAUGGAGUCUUCAUUGCAGUGGUUACGGCUGCUGGGUAUGAGUACAAUGUCGAAAAGUACGAGUUCAGAUUGUCCGGACUCUUGGCCUUUUUUAAAUCCAAAGGCUUGACUCCCGAGGAGUGUGAUCGAUUCUUUCUGUUUGGAGGAGAAUGCAAUUAUCUACUCAAGCUUGGAAACGAUUACAAAUUGCAACCCAUUAAGGAGGAUGGUCCUGGUGGAUGGUUCACGGCAACACGACACUUGGAAGAAGCACCCUGCAAUUGGAACGAAGCCGAUGUCACGGGUUUGCUGGAUCUGGCCGAAACAUCCUUUCACAAUUCCAUCAAAAACAUGCAUAUUCGUGGACGUGUCAUUCGCAAAAAACGAUCCGUAGGGUUGGUACCCACACCAGGAAUGGAAAUUCCAAGAGAAGCACUCGAUGAAACAGUCUUGGCGUUGCAGGAUACUCUCACUAGCAUGGGGUCGGCACCUGGAGUCGAUUUGCCACGAUGCAUUUUUAAUGGUGGAACCGAUGGGUGGUGUGAUUGUGGCAACAAACGCGUCGGAGUCAUGAUGCUGCAAUCCUACCUGGGCGUCUCAGCCGUCAAAACGCUCCACAUUGGCGACCAAUUCCUCAACACGGGCAAUGAUUUCGCUGCCCGAACCGUGUGUCCCUGUAUCUGGAUUACCUCACCUGACGAAACAACCUACAUUCUAAAGUCCAUUCUCCGACUGGCAGGAUUGGGGGUUUCCAUGGCGGAAAAUAGCACCAAGAAGCCGGAUUUCAAACGAGCGGCUUCCUUAGACUUUACUGAAGCUGAAAGGCGUUCCAAAGCUGUCAAAGUGAUGGAUGUGUACACCGGCGAGAUAAUAAGCAAGGAAACGCAUUCAUAG